CCGCUCCCCGGCGGCGGGUGCUGCGCUGUCGUCGCCGCCGCGUCUGAGGUCGCCUGAGCCUGUGUCCUCGCGCCCGGCCAUGGUGGACGUGCUGGGCGGGCGGCGCCUGGUGACCCGCGACGGCGCGUGGGUGGAGGCCGAGGCGGCGUUGCAGAACAAGGUGGUGGCGCUGUACUUCGCCGCGGGCCGGUGCGCGCCCAGCCGCGACUUCACGCCGCUGCUCUGCGACUUCUACGCGGAGCUGGUGGGCGCGGCGCGGCCGCCUGCGCCCUUCGAGGUGGUCUUCGUGUCGGCCGACGGCAGCGCGCGGGAGAUGUGGGCCUUCAUGCGCGAGCUGCACGGCGCCUGGCUGGCGCUGCCCUUCCACGACCCCUACCGGCACGAGCUGAGGACCAGGUACCACAUCACGGUCACUCCCAGGCUCGUGGUCCUGAAACCGAGCGGUGAGAUCAUCACUGACAAAGGGCGCAAGCAGAUACGGGAGCAGGGGCUGGCCUGCUUCCAGAACUGGGUGGAGGCAGCUGACGUCUUUCAGAAUUUCUCCGGCUGA